CACCGCCCUCGCACCGCUGUGACUCCUGACCCCAAUCUACCUGUGUCAAACACUCGACAGACAGCUACAGUGGAUCACCAUCUUGCGCCGAUGGGCAGGAAGGCUCCUGGCCUCUGUGGGAGGCUGGGCAGCGGCUUGUCUUCCCGCUUCUUGAGGAAAAUCUGGACGGUGUACUUCUUCUUGUCCUUGUCCCAGUGAGCGAUGAACUUGCCCUCCGUCCGGUCGAUCUCAAGGUUGGGGAUCUUGAAGGCCACCGUCUCGUAGGGCUCCGCCGCGAACAGCAGGUACUGGAAGUUGCUGUCACUCUCCUCGACGUGCUGCUCGUACGCCGACAUGACUCUGUGGCGCGGCCGGCCGUCACUCACGAUCUCGGGGUAGUCAACUUCGAAGAGCAGCGCCUUCUGCAUGGUCUCCUGGUCCCGGACCUUGGUGACCUUGUAGCCAGGCCGGCCGAUCUUGAUGCCCUUCUGCUUGACGCUCCGUUUGGGCUGCGGCAUGAUGCCUCCCGUGGCGCCGAGCGCCUCCUUGGCCUGUCGUCUGGCGAGGUUGGUCUGGUGCUUCUUGCCCUGGGUGUGCGCCAGGUAGCUGGCCUCGUUGUUGUGGAGGGUGAGACAGAGCUUGCACUCGUACGUGCCGAGAUGGUUGCGCAUGAGGUAGGGAUCCUUCUUGAGGUCGAUGGUCUCCAUCGCCAGCGCCUUAAGGCGCUCGCGACGGUCAAUGGCGGCAUCCUGAGCCGACUGGGGAGCGCCGGAGCCGGUCUUGUGACCCACGCGGUUCUGGAAAUCCAUCGGUGGGACGAAGUCAGGCAGUCAGCGAGGCGUCAGAUACGGAAGUCGACUCGACGAUGAAGGAAGGAACCGACGCGAGCAAACAGCAGACGCACAGGUGCCUCCUUUCCCCUGAGUAGCU